GUGGAGCGGCGGAAGCGGAAGUGGCGCCAUGGAGGCGCUGGCUGUCACCGCCCAGCUCUGCGGGCCGGAGCUGGAGCGCUACGGGCGCUGCGUGGCCGCGAGUCCCGGGAGCUGGCACCGAGAUUGUCACCAACUGUCCCUGAGUGUCACCGAGUGCGCCUCCAACCACCCCCUGGUUCGCCGGAUCCGCCGCGAUUGCUCCGAGCCCUUCGGGGCCUUCGAGCGCUGCCUGAGGGAGCGGCCCAGGGACACGGCCCAGUGCCAGCCCCACGUCUCCAGGUUCCUGCAGUGUGCCCAGAACGUCACCCAGCUGUCACCAAAUGUCACCCAGAAUGUCACCUCAGGUGCCACCCCCAGUGCCACCCCCGAGGGGACCUCCCCAGAGAAUUCCUGGAAUUAAAACCUCGGGAAAACUUCGGAACCUUCCGGAAUCUUCUCCCAAAUCCUCAGAAUUUCCCCUCUGGAAAAGGAGAAAAUUCCCAAAUUUCCAGGAUUUUAUCCCAAAAAUCAGAGCAAGAAAUAAAAAUUCCAGCA